CCUCAGGUAAACCCAGAUAAUAAUCGAAAAGAUGCCAUUGGUAUCACUAUUUCUAGUGAGUGUUAGCUACAGCUAUGACUGCGUUCCCAGUUUUGCCUUCGUUGGUUAUUUCCAACGGGGGUUCUACACUCUCCCCGUCCAAGAUAGCUGCAACCUCUUCCAAAUUCGCCUUUCCUGUUGUCUCCACAAAGAGGAAGUAGACAACGAUCAACUCAAUAAAGAUCCAGACAUCGUAGAUGAUGUAGAACUUCCAACCCAAAGCUUCGAUGCCGACCGGAUUCGCGUAUUGGUUGAAUAUUAGUGCCAUCUGCAUCUACAGACUUCUCAUACGUCGCCUCUAGACCCGUCCAGAUCGCAUAACACAUCCAAACAUCCCGCAGUAGAGACGAGGAAGAGCGUA